AUGGAUAUGUUCCAGCCUCUUAAGUAAGUUUUUUGAUCAAUUUUAGAUAAUUUUGUCAAAAUUGUGACAAUCAAAAUUUUAAUUUGGAUUAUUGCCAUGUCAUAACUUUUUCUAUCCAAAAAAAUUAAUUUUUUUCUCAUUUGAAAUAUAAUCUCAUCUAUCAGAAAAUUAUAGUAAAGAUANAAAGUGAAUAGUUCUUUAAAAUAUAGAAAAGAUGAAUACUACACUAUUAAAAAUAUUAAAUAAGGAUAAUAUAGAAUUGUAUUACGUUCUUAAUCUAGUAAUUUAAAUGAUAGAAAAAAUUUUUAAAUUAAAACAGAUUAAUUAUUCUAUUUUGGAGCAUUUUUAAUCUAAGAGAUUAGUUCUACAGAAUUAAUCUAGCAAUAUUAAUUUGACAAAUCAAAAUGGGUUAGUACCUAAUAAAUGAAAGAUAAUAUUUGCAUGUAUUCUAAUCUUAAUUAAUCAACUGAUAUAGUAGUGAACAAAAUUUCAGUUAGUUUGAUUUGUUAAAUUACAACUUUACCAAUAAAAGUUCCUUGUAGAGGAAUUUUAUGUGAACACAUUUAAUGUUUUUGUUUAGAUAGUUUUUGUAAAUUUAUUGAAUCUCUAACACAAAAGAAAUGGUCUUGUCCUGUGUGUAAGAGAAUCUGUUUAGAUUUUUAUAUUGAUGGUUAUCAAUAAAGUAUAUUAGAAUUCUUAUAAAAUUCUAAAGCAAAUAAAUAAAAUAAGUUAACUUUUGAAUAAUAAGUAUCUAAUAUUAAUUUUGAUAAAAAUGGACAUUAUCUAGAUAAUUUUUUAGAAGAAUCUUAAUUAAAAUUCACACCUGGAAGAAACUAUUUUAAUGAAAUCUAUUAAUAAAAAAAAUUAAUAAAGGAAGAUUAAAUGAUCAAGUUUUGA